AUGAAUGAUUCAACUUCAAAUCAGUUGAAUGAGAACGAUUUGGUUUAUUCUUUUGAAACGAAUCAUGCUGAUGAGACCAGCUGUAUUGUGGAUGAAAAAUAUGUCCCAAAGGUGGUGGGGAUGAUUUUCAAGACACUAGAAGAAACUGAAAAGUUCUACAAACAUUAUUCCAAACUUGCCGGUUUUUCUACUAAAAUAAGGAACACAACUCGGGACGGAGACAAGAUUAAGAAUCAAUUAAUCGACGUUGGUCUUUGGACAAUUUUCAAAGUUGUUCUGAAUCACUCAUAUCCUUGCUGUCCAAACCGGGCAGAGAUGCUCAAACAACACAGGGAGCUUAACAUGUUUGUGCGUCGCACCAUCGAAACCAACAAGGAAGCCGAAAUCAGAUCGAGCAAAACUUAUCAAUCAUUUGUGGCAGCAGCUGGCAGCCACCGUGAACUAAGUUUUAUAGAAAAAGAUGUGAGGAAUUACAUCACAAGGGAAGUACGGAAUAUUUCCAAACAAAAUGAUGCUAAAGAAUUUGGGAAGUACCUACUAAGAAUGAAAGAGAAGAACCAAAAUUUCUUUUUUGAGCUUAACCUUGAAGGCGAUAACUGCAUUAAACAUGCAUUCUGGGCCGAUGCAAGAAGCAAGGCCGCAUUUGAGUAUUUCGGAGACGUGAUUUCAUUUGACACCACCUAUAACACAAAUAGGUUCCUUUGUGGGUGUGAAUCACCAUGGUCAAUCGACCCUUCUCAGAUGCGCGCUGUUGAAAAAUGA